AUGGGCAUCUCGUACGUUCAAGAAACGCUUGGACGUUGUCCUGGAAUGAAGUUUCCGGAUUGCCCAGUUGCCGUUUUAAAAAAUUGUCGUACGACUUUGGGUCCCACAACGAUUAUCAGACGAAUGGAUAUGUGUGAACUGAAGGAACGAGGGUUCAAUUCAGUUAUCAACAAUCCCUUGGAUAUCUCAGUCUGUGUUCGUGUUGUGAUGAGUAGUUUUGAAGCCAAGGCGAUAAGACUGGAGAUUGACGAUCUCUUAACAUCUGGAAGGAUAGAGCGAAUGGAGACGGUUUCAGCUCACAUUUUCCAAAUGGUCGAUCGUCAAUGGAAGGAGUUGACGAACACCGAAGUCCUUGUCCAUAUCGUUCGCGAUUCAAUCGACGAUGUGUAUAAGAUUCUUGCACGGGAUCAAUUUAAGGUUAAGGAUCAUUUUGAGGUGUUAUCAUUAGAGAGUGAUCAUUUUGAGGUGUUGACGAUGGAGAGGAGUUAUCCUAAGGUGUUAACGAUAUAG